GGAAGGAGAGAAGGGGAUAGACCAUAAGUUACUUUGACUUGGAAAGGGGUGCAGGAAGAAGAAUCAUGAAAUGUCUCUGAACUUAUCCUGUCUGUGAUCUGUUUUUGAAGCCUGAUAGGGAUUGCAAAACAACGGGAAGGAGCAGCUUACUUUCUUGACCAAAUGUUUCAUGCAAACUGAAAAUUGUUAACUUCACUGCAGCUUAACUGGCAACGCAGCUACAUUCGGAUCACAAGGCAUCUGUGGGAGGAGCUGAACACAAAGUGGCACUAACCGGUCCGGGUUCGAGGACAUCUUUUUGGAGUACUGGAACAGAUGACUGCAUAGGGGCAUCAUAACUGAAGAUUUUAUGAUGUUCUGGUUGGUUCUCCUUUUCUGUUUUACAUCUCAUGCUGCCAAUCAACUUCGAAAAAGCCAAAAGUUGCCCAUUACAAUCGAUCCUUCUCAGCUCAUCUGCAGUGCACCUGGCCCUCCUGGGGCUCCUGGUCCUCCAGGAUAUCCUGGUCAAUCAGGGAUAAUCGGAAGAAUGGGGAUUCCUGGGAAAGAUGGGGCAGAUGGGAAAGAUGGUCUUAAAGGCCAAAAGGGAGAACAAGGUGACAGAGGAAAACCAGGAAUAGGUGGAAAACCUGGUGUUAAAGGCAUACGGGGAGCUAUUGGCAAAGCAGGCCCCCGAGGACCAAGGGGUUUGAGAGGGGCUCGAGGUAAUUCAGGAACUAAUGGACUAAAAGGUGCUAAUGGAAUCAAUGGUGAACCGGGUUUGCCUGGAAUCUGCAAGUGUGGUACAAAUACUGCAAGAUCAGCGUUCUCUGUGGCUAUCACCUACAGCUACCCAAAGGAACGUAUGCCCAUCAAAUUUGACAAGGUCCUUUUGAAUGAAGGAGGGCAUUAUAAUGUUUCCAGUGGCAAAUUUAUAUGUGGUAUACCUGGUAUUUACUACUUUUCCUACGAUAUUACCCUGGCAAACAAGCACCUUGCUAUUGGGUUGGUGCACAAUGGGCAAUAUCGCGUUAAAACUUUUGACGCCAACACUGGGAAUUAUGAUGUAGCCUCUGGUUCAACUAUUAUGUUCCUAAAACGUGAAGAUGAAGUUUGGCUGCAGAUAUUCUAUUCUGAACAGAACGGUCUGUAUUAUGAUCCGCACAGGGCAGACAGUUUAUUCACUGGCUUCAUGAUUUACAUUGAUCAGGACUAUGUGAAUGAACUUGAAGAGGAGCAAAUUCUCUAAACAACAAAACCCUUGUUUUUUUUGUGUUCUAAAACAUACAUUUUCAAAGAUGCUGCAAUAGGCGCUGUUCAACCACAUAAAUCCAGAUUGAGAUAUUUAAAAUCAGUGAUUUUAAUGUACAACCUAACAAGAUAACACCUUCUUUAAAGUAGCAAACAGAAAAAUGUCGCAGGGCACAAGCAAGAUUUUAUUAAAAAUCUGUUUUCCAAGUGAGUGACAUGCCAACAGUAUAGGCUUAUAUUUAUUUCCCACUCUAGUUGUUCCUGAAUGGUUCUGGUGGAGUUCCAUGUCAGUGUCUUCAAUGCUUAUUGGAUUGCUGAUACACUUUGGAAGAAUGGGCCAGCGACAAAAUUCUGACUGCUGGUACUUCAGAUCAAAUGAGGACAGCAACUUUGGACAGCACUCCAAAAAUGUGUAGGUUAGAUGGAUUGGCCAUGAUAAAUUGCCCAUAGUGUCUACGGUGUUUAGACCAGGUGGAUUAGCCAUGGGAAAAAUGCAAGGUUACAGGGGUAGGGUAGGAGUCUGGGUGGGAUGUUCUUCAGUUUGGACUUGAUGGGCCAAAUGUUCUGCUUCUAUACUGUACGGAUUCUAUGAACUUGCCUUCACCUGAAUGGCAUGAGUGAACUAGUUGGCAUUACAAUAUUCCAGGAGCUUUUAUGAUAAUUAUUUAUGUUAGCAUCUUAAGUGAGUAGUCUACUAAAUUAAUCUUAUUUUGGCAUAUUAGACAUUAAUGAAUACUUUGACCAAUUUGGUGUUCUUGAUUUGCCACCACGUGCCUUGGUUUCAUAGUUUUAUUGCCUCCACAAGGCAAAUACAAACACAAGACCCAAUCUCGAAGCACAUACCCGAAAGGAAGCUAGCAGGGUUGGGUGCUGGACAGGAGGGUAUAUGGGUAUGAAAGUGGGGGAAGAAUAUUCAUGUCCCUGUUCACACCAUGCUCUUGACCAGCACUAUUUUAAUUCAUAAACUUCAGGAGGCCUAUACGUAGCCCAUCAAGGCAGUGAGACCUUAUAAAUAUGCAAAUUAGGGCCCCAAGGUGAUUUUUAACCAUUGUGUCACAGGUUCAUACAGUGCAGAAAAGGCCCUUUGGCCCAUCACGUCUGCACCAACAUAAAUACCACUAAAAUUGCAUUAAUUCCAAUUUCCUGUACUUGAUGCAUAAUAUUGCUUAUGUGACUUGGGCUGAAUUCAGACGCUACCACCCAGGAAACAUGUCAACAAGCUGAGCUGGGACAGGUGAGGUUAGGAAAAUGUUUUCAAUUAUUUUCCAGGCCAGUAGGAGUGGGAGUACCAUUGAAAGACCUGGAGGUAAACAUUGAAGAUCCUAAUUUGGACUUCUACUCGGCAUUAUAACCAUACUCCACUUAUCCAUCAACCAUUGUUUAAAAAGUGCCAGGAGCACACUAUUGCAUUUUCAGUUAUGGUUUCCUGCUGAUGAAAUUGUGCUCCCACCCAUCAGCCAGCUCAUGAUUUUGACCAUGCUUAUGCUGGAAUCUGACUUCAAGCAUUUGAAGUAAAACCUGUAAGUUACACUCUCUUAGGGCCUCCUGCAACCAGGUCCAGACCGUACAGAGUGUAGUCAUGCCUGGAGUUAGCGCUGAGACCGCUAGGUCGGUGUCAUAGGUCAUCACUGAACCACUGAGUUCAAGUUUUGAAGUUUUUUUUAAUGGAGGCACAAAGAAAAAUAUCACGUAUUUCAUAUAGUGUGCUGGGAUAAGUGGUGAAAACACAAUAUUACAUGGUCAACAGUAAUGCCAUGCAGGACAGGACAUGGGAGAUGAAUUUAUAUAUGGUAAGCUCUUUUAAUACCUUGUUAUGACCAAGUGAGGACAGACGAUGUCUCCUUUCUUUUUAAUUCCUCUUGGUCAAUUUCAACACUUUUUAUUUUAUUUUCAGCAAGUAACCAUCAAACUUCAAGUAAAGAUGUAACUAACUAGAUUAAUAUCAAAGAGAUAAUUAUAAGGUUUCCUCAAAUGAAAGAAAGUGAAAUUUUAUUACUUAAUAAUCCUAAGAAAAAAUAGAACAUGGCAUCAACUGCACAUAUAAACAUGUAAUAAGUUUAAAAAGGAAAACAAGUUUUGAUUUGGACAGGAAGAGUAAAGGUUACACAAUCCAAUUUCCUUGGAUUUCUUCAUGUGUAAUAUUUUUAACCUGAGACAAUAGUUAUUUACUUCUUGACUGGUAUCUUUAGUAGUGAUGUACGUUGAUACCUUCAAGUUCUUGGUGAAUACUUGUUUCCCAAUCUGCUUUCUUUCAACAGAUUUUGACUUGGAAUAGAACAUAGAAAAGUACAGCACAGUACAGGCACUUCGGCCCAUGAUGUUGUGCCGUGGAUUAAUCCUAAUCCAAAACUAAAAUAACCUAACCUACAUUCCCCUCAAUUCACUGCUGUCCAUGUGCAUGUCCAGCAGUCGCUUAAGUGUCACUAAUGACUCUGCUUGCACGACUACCACUGGCAAAGUAUUCCAUGUGCUCACAACUCUCUGGGUGAAGAACCUCCCUCUGACGUCUCCUUUAUACCUUCCUCCUAACACCUUAAAACUAUGACCCCUCGUGGCAGUCAAUCCUGCCCUGGGGAAAAGUCUCUGGCUAUCGACUCUAUCCAUGCCUCUCAUUAACUUGUACACCUCAAUCAGGCCAACUCUCUUCCUCCUCCUCUCCAGAGAGAAAAGUCCAAGCUCAGUCAACCUCUCCUCGUAAGACAAGCCCUCCAGUCCAGGCAGCAUCCUGGUAAACCUCCCUUGCACCCUCUCCAAAGCCUCCACAUCUUUCCUAUAAUAGGGCGACCAGAACUGGACACAAUAUUCCAAGUGUGGUCUCAACAGGGUUUUGUAGAGCUGCAGCAUAACGUCGAGGCUCUUAAACUCGAUCCCCCUAUUAAUGAAAGCCAAAACACUUUAUGCUUUCUUAACAACCUUAUCUACUUGGGUAUCAACUUUGAGGGAGCUAUGCACUUGAACACCAAUAUCCCGCUGUUCCUCCACACUGCCGAGAAUCCUGCCUUUAAUCCUAUAUUCAGCAUUUAAGUUCGACCUUCCAAAAUGCAUCACUUUGCAUUUAUCCAGGUUGAACUCCAUCUGCCAUUUCUCAGCCCAGCUCUGCAUACUGUCAAUGUCUCACUGAAGCCUGCAAAUAGCCCUCGAUACUAUCAACGACACCAACAAGUGUGAGAUGAUGCACUUUGGUAGGAGUAACCGGAAGGCAAAGUACAGGGCUAAUGGUAAGAUUCUUAGCAGUGUAGAUGAGCAGAGAGAUCUCGGUGUCCAUGUACGCAGAUCAUUGAAAGUUGCCACCCAGGUUGACAGGGCUGUUAAGAAGGCAUACAGUGUUUUAGCUUUUAUUAAUAGAGGGAUUGAGUUCCGGAACCAAGAGGUUAAUAUGAAGCUGUACAAAACUCUGGUGCGGCCGCACUUGGAGUAUUGUGUACAGUUCUGGUUACCGCAUUAUGAGAAGGAUGUGGAAGCUUUGGAAAGGGUGCAGAGGACAUUUACUAGGAUGUUGCCUGGUAUGGAGGGAAGGUCUUACGAGGAAAGGCUGAGGGACUUGAGGCUGUUUUCAUUAGAGAGAAGAAGGUUGAGAGGUGACUUAAUUGAAACAUAUAAAAUAAUCAGAGGGUUGGAUAGGGAGAGCCUUUUUCCUAGGAUGGUGACGGCGAGCACAAGGGGGCAUAGCUUUAAAUUGAGGGGUGAAAGAUAUAGGACAGAUGUCAGAGGUAGUUUCUUUACUCAGAGAGUAGUAAGGGAAUGGAACGUUUUGCCUGCAACGGUAGUAGAUUCGCCAACUUUAGGUACAUUUAAGUCGUCAUUGGACAAGCAUAUGGACGUAUAUGGAAUAGUGUAGGUUAGAUGGGCUUGAGAUCGGUAUGACAGGUCAGCACAACAUCGAGGGCCGAAGGGCCUGUACUGUGCUGUAAUGUUCUAUGUUCUAAUGUACACCUCCAACCUUUGUGUCAUCAGCAAACAUACUAAUCCACUCCUCAACCUCCUCAUCCAAGUCAUUUAUAAAAAGUACAAAGAUCAGAGGCCCAAGAACAGACCCCUGUGGGCCAGCACCCAGCACUGACCUCCAGGCAGAAUAUUUACCAUCUACAACCACUCUCUGCCUCCUGUUAGCCAAACAAUUCUGAAUCCAGACAGCCAAAUCAUCCUGUAUCCCAUACCUCCUGACUUUAUGAAUGAGCCUGCCGUGGGGAACCUUAUCAAAUGCCUUGCUGAACUCCAUGUACACCACAUCCACUGCUCAACCCUCGUCAACCUGUCUCGUGACCUCCUCAAAGAACUCUAAUAUUUUUGAGGCAUGACCUGCCCCUCACAAAGCUAUGCUGACUCCCUUUAAUCACGCUAUGCUUUUCCAAAUAGUCAUAAAUCCUAUCCCUCAGAAUUCUUUCCAAAACCUUUCUGACCACAGACGUAAGACUGACUGGUCUGUAAUUUCCAGGGAUUUCCCUAUUCCCUUUCUUGAAAAGAGGAACAACAUUUGCCUCCCUCCAAUCUUCCGGUACGACUCCCGUGGAGAGUGAGGAAACAAAGAUCUUCGCCAGCGGCUUAGCAACCUCCUUUCUCGCUUCCCGGAGCAACCUAGGAUAAAUCUGGUCUGGCCCUGGGGACUUAUCAAUCUUAAUGUUUGCCAAAAUUUCCAGCACAUCAACUUCCUCAAUCUCGAUCUGUUCAAGCCUGUUUCCCUGCUCCUCAAAGUUCUCAUUCACAACAAGGUCCCUUUCCUUAGUGAAAGCUGAAGCAAAAAAACUCAUUGAGGGCUUCUAUCUGCUCAUACUCCACGCACAAGUUCCCUACGCUAUCCCUGAUCGGCCCUACCUUCUCCCUGAUCAUUCUCUUAUUCCUCGUGUAUGACUAAUAUAUAAGAGAAACAGAAAGAAUGAGAGAGUUCCAGCUCUUGCUGUGACAGGUUCAUGUUCACAUCUCUCUACUCUUGCUUAAAAGCAGCUCGAGAAACAUAGUUUAGUUUGUAUUCCUGACACUAGCUACACUGUCUUUCAAGGUUGAAUAACGGACUGGUAUGCCUUUCAUCUCUCAAUAUAUGAACAUAUCAUGCAAAUGUGAAUUAAAGUAUGAGGUACAAAUUUUAUGAUACUGACUCAGCUUCCUGGUUUCAAUGUUUUUAGAUAAAAUGAUAAUUCCAUUGUAGAUUAGUUUGUUUAAACUACAUGGAUCUAUUGGACUUGCCUUUUUGAUUUGAUUUAAUUUGAUGUGAUUUAUUAUUGUCACAUGUACCUAGGCUCAACCUGUGGUCGGGUUAUUAUGGAAGCCAUUUUAAGUCGGUAUUUGUCCCUUCUUGAAAAUAACUUUUUCAGUCCAUGAAAGGUCUCUGAUGUAAUAAUUGGAUGAUGCAAGUUGAAAAUUGAUAGUCCAUGUUCACCACUAUGUAACAACUCUCCACCAUGAAGGAUGAAUGUGAAUUUUUCCAAUUUUUUACUGUGUUUAAACGUAAUUAUGAAACAACAGUAUAGGGAUUUUGAUGACAAUACUUAGAUUCCACAUUCACUCUUUGUUCUAGUCUAUGACAAUCACACUUGUUACGUGAAUUAUUUUGGUUCUAAGUCUUAACCAUUGCCGCCUAUUUGUCUAGUCCUAUACCAGAUUCAGGCAUCUGUUUUUUAUAAAUUUGAUUUCUGGGAGGUUGGGGGUGAUAAUCUAAGAUUUGCCUCUUGUAGGGUAUCUGGAUUUGCAUUUCUUUGAAGUUUAAAAAUAACCUUUUUUGCUGCUUCACAAUAGAACUCUCCUCAGUAAAAGGAGGAGUAAAUAUUGAGAUUUCUCCACCAGCCAGUUCUGUCAUUGCAAUAUUCAUUGUUGGACUGGCAACAUUAACUGCUGUGCUAACUUGUCCUAACUUGUCAAAAAAGAUCAAGAAAGUGCCCACUUCUUUCUCAUCAAACCAGUGAAAAUGUUCAACUUUAAUUCUGAAUUGGGCUGUCCCAAUCUAAACUGCCUUUCCUUUUUGUUUUCCCUUUCCCAGAGUUAUCUUCUCUCUGCUCUCACAUUUGCAUCUUUAUUUCUUCCUUCAAUUUCUGGAAUUCUCUCUCUUCUCUUUUUCCGCUGAAAUUCUGGUCCUAAUCUGAACUGUUCCAAUAUAAAUUUAUUGAUUUCACUUUCUUCAGUUUUCAAUGCUAGAAUUGCACCACCCAUUUUGCAAUUUCUUUUUCUGGAUUUUAAGCAGAACCUCAUUUCUAACUGCCCAGCUUUCUCUUUUAAUCCUUCCAAAGUUAGCCUCUGCAUUUUCUGAAAAUUAUUUUGCUCUGUUCUAUGAAAGCAUUAGCAACAAAUGUGGGCAUUUUAGAAUUAUAAUGUUGGUGACUCAAGACAACCUGUUUGAAGUAUUUUUUUCAAAAAGGAGAACUUUUGAAGGAAGCAUUUAUUUCCCACCCCCACUCAGUCCAUAAUUUGCCUGUGUGAUCAUUACAGUAAGCCAUCAUAUUUGUUACUUCCAGGUGAAGUGACUAUUUUUACCCCUCUCUGUUGAUUGCAACAAAUAUAUUUUAGCAUGAAUGUAUCAUACCUCUAUUAAAGUUAACUAGAUCAAAAUGAAAGUUGCCAUAGGUUGCUCUCUCAUUGAGAGAUGACUGCUGGUGAGUUUAACAUAAUGGGAACUAUGCCUAAGUUGAGGGACAAGAUUGAGAAGCCAGGUCCUUAGUGAGUGAAGGAAUUGGAUUUACAACAUCAGUACCACUCUGUCAAAUUAUCCAUCCAGUCAACUGAGUAACCAACCACCAAAGGUAUCAAUUCAGAGGAUAUCUUGAGUGAACGAAAAGGUAGUUUUAUUUUCUACAAAUCUCAAGGGGAAAAAUAAUAAGAUGCAAUGUCAAGCAUAUACAGACAUAGGUUAUAACGUGGAGUGUCUGCUACAUACAGAGAGAAUAACGGUUACAACAUUUAAAAGUCCAUAGACUACUUGAGGUGCUUUAAUCUGAGACCACAAUUGUUUAAUUAUUGAUCGGUAUCCUCAGUAGUAAUUAAGUUUGUACCUAUCUUGAGUUGAUUAAUGAUUGUUACCCUGAUCCACUUUCUUCAUCAGGUGUUAUCAUUUGAGAGGCUGAGAGAAAUUGAACUUUUAUUGUUACACAUUCAUUUUUCUUUCUCUCCAUUCUGUGUAUUCCCGGAGUUUGGCUUCAGUGUCUUUCAAAACUAGCUAACUGGUAGGUAAGCCUUUAAUUUGCCCAUACAUAAAAUUGUCAUGCAAAUUUGAAUUGAAACCAGAGAUGUGACUUUGUUGAUGUUGAUUCAGUUCACUGGUUUCAGUGUCUUCUGAUAAAAUGAUCGUUUCCUGGAGGGUGUUUUUAUUUUACAUGGGCCUCCUGGACUUUCCUCAAUCUGUGGUCAGUUGAUCAUAGAAGUCAUUUUCGUCCAGUCUUUGUCCCUUUAUACAAAUUGUUUCCGUUCAUGAAAGCUUUCAGGUCAUGACAAUCAGAUGAUGCAAGUUGAAAAUUCUUAGACCGUAUUCUCCACUGUCAUACCAAAUUAAAAUAUCCUUAAAUUGAUUACUUUGUACUACUCAUGGAAAUUUUAUUCCCAAAUUUUUAACUACUUUAUACCAAUGUAUCAAUCUUAUGUUCUUAUAAAAUAUGUUGUAGCUUUGAUAUAGUUUAUUAAAAUGAAAUACAAUGUGAGAUAGGAACUUAUUUGCUUGUUGCAAUGUUACAUAGUCAUAAUCUGAAGCCAGGAAAUUGUCACAUGACUAGCUCAUUUUAUAAUUCCUAUUUCUAUUGGCCUUCUUUGUAUUGCAGAAUAUUAUCUGUGUAGAUAAUAAUAUUUUGUAUUUCUGACUGAGGGCUUAAACAUACUAAAACUUGAAAUUAAAAACAAUUAUUUGGAGAAUAAUUCUCAUUCAUUAGUUUUUCAUUUGAAUUAUUAUCUGAGCAAAAGAUUUAACAUUAUAUAAUACGAAUUGUAGUAGCUCAUUGCUUAUUGCCCCUGAAAUCAGAGAAUAGCAAAAAAAACCAGAGUAGAAGAAUUAAAGGUAUAGUCUGCUGAUUUUAACAAGGUCAUCAUUUUUUUUUAAAAAACCUCAUUUAAUGUAAUCAUUUCAAUGUAAUUCCACUGCAAUUGCCUGUAUCCCUGAAUACAAGACAGGAACAGUUGUGCUAGCAAAGCACAGCACUACAUCCUGUGUUGCACUGAAGUUCCCUAUACUCCUACGUUAAACGGAUCUGAACAGGCCUUCCUACUCUCUAGUGCUAAAUUAGGAUUAAUUUUAUACUAUGACACAGUACUGUUAGGAAUUGAAUGAACUUGGUGACAAUCUCUGGGAGCAAUAAAUAGUGACACCUCUGCCACCCAGUGGUGGGAGCUUGGGGGGUUGUUGGCAAGACCUGAGGAGUUGGGGUGGCUGUCAUGAACUACAGAAUAUGCACUAGACCAGUUGAAUAGUCGACAUGGUUCCUCUUUCAGGUCUCCCCAGAACCACCUUCCCUAGCUCAGUUUUCUCAGAGAUAACUUUCAGGCCAAUCUCGAUCCCUACCCUCCCUCCUCUCCCCUUUCCAUCAGGCCUGCUGGAAACCUUGAGCCUGUGCCAUGCACAAAUCCUGGGGCUGAAAGGCCCAAUCGCCAAGCAGUUAACCCACUCAUCCCAACCCCAGGUCUGGCAGGAUUGGUUCUCCUGGCCCAGACACACAUUACCUUGCAAACCCCAUGCUACCACCAUCACUUCCACAGACAGAGUUGGAGUCUCCUUCCCUCCACCUAAUCCCUCCUUUCCUCCCUAGACUCCCUCAUGCCAAACCUCUCAAAGUCAGGAAGAGAAUGGUGCUAGUGCUAUCCAGAGAUGCGGCGCUGAUUCUUCAUUGCUGUGUUUGCCCAUACACACUGCGCCUGUUCAGGACUGUGCAUCUGUAGCAGCUCAGUGCACAUGCUCUGGCACCAGCCAUGGCCAGACCACAAGCAGAAGAAAACAAAUGACUACCACCUAGGAUUUGGUACAGGAGGGUAAAUUGCAGCAAAGGUCCCAGAAAAUCUGGGAAACAGUGAAUGUAUUUACAAGAACAAAUUCACAAAGAGGUACUGACUACAGGAUUUUCUAACCAAUAUGAUAUAAACACACAUGUAUAUGAUUGGAUCUUUCCAUUUCUUUCCUUUUGCCAAAUAAAUUUCAAAGUUGUGUACGAACAACAGAUGAUUAUCAUAUGUAAGUCUUUGGCUUUGAUGUCUUCCUUGAUU